GUUUGUAUUGUUCUCAUUCUGAUGUUAACGAAUUUGCUUGGCCUAAAUAUCACACCUUCACACCCACAUGAUCCAAAUUGACAUAUAUCGCUAAUGUAUAUAUCUAUGCAUCAACUUGACGGUUGGAAGUAAGCUGAGGAGGAGUGAUGUGGAGGCUACAGCUCCGCGGACAGCUAAGCUAGCCGGGUUCCACCGGGAGCUAACGGCAGCUAACGGGGGUCUGUACACGACUGCGCCGCUGCCCGGGGAGCAGAGCAGCUGUGAUGCACACUGCUAGCUGCCGUGGUCCACCAAUACCAGCUGUGGGAGUAGCUGAGGCAGCAGCGGAACACCGGAUGGAGGUGAGCUAGCGGCUAGCAGGCAGCAGCGGCCUCGGUUAGGGUGUGGAUCCGUGACGUCAUACUCACAUUAUCGAUCACCACCGGCUGGUUAGCCAGGAUGUCAUAGGACUCCAUGACGAAGUGACAGUUUUGUAGGUGUUGGUGAAGAUCGGUGGCCGCUCUGCUGCCCGGUGAGUGAGCUCAGCAUGUACAAACAGACGCCCCGUGUGUCCGCACUUUCCGCCGCUCGACGACGCCGCUUGACGCCGCCGCUCCUCUGUGCUCAAGCCCCACCCCGUCCUGCACCACAACAACCGGGCAGCAGGCCCUGACGGAUAGACGCUGGAGCCAAUAGUAUUCACAAUUGGCGUGACUGACAGAAGAGACAUCCAAUGAUGUAAACUGUAUGGAAGCCCUGGUGCUUCACUCGAACUCACUGACAACAGCAACGUGGAAGCUGGUGACCGACACAUUUAUUCUCGAUCAGCAGGUUCUAUUGUCCGUGAGGUAAACUCUGCACCUUCUGUCUGUGCUGUGCUUCCCCGCAGAGAAAUGGAUCAACCACAUUUGACAGACAAGAAGCCCAAAAGCAAGAGCGCCGAAUGCAUCAGUUGAAUGAACUGAAGGACGAGAUUCAAGUUUGCAGGACGUUUAGACAACGUUCAGAAACGUCAGACGCUGUGAAGACACAAAUCGAGCAUCCGAUGUAAAGAUGACAAUGAAAAACGACAUGAACGCAUCUCCGCCGUUAACAACCAAUGGGAAAGUUGCUCAGGGACAGUGGGUGGGGCCUCGCUGCUCUGGAAACGGUGAGGACUAGCGGUUAAACUGGUCGACAGCGGAGACAAAAGUAUUUUAGCAUGGAUUAACAUCGCUAAUUCUAGGUACGAUUUGAUUGUUCAUACAGCGUCAGCGAGUAACGCGUAGAACACCAUUGACUGGACUUCGAUAUUGACUGUUUAAAUCGAGGAGUAGGUGCGGCUAACCGGCUGUUAGCUCCCAGGUCGUAACAGGUGACUGUAACUUUAGCUGCUGCUUUGGCUGUUUCAGUUGGAUUUUCGUUUCAACAAGCAUGUUUGUUUCCGUUGUUGGCCUCGAUGACUGGUGACCCAUGAGGGGGGAAUGAGCUGAACCCUGUAAACAAACCUGAGAGGUUAAAAUUAGAAUCAAGCGUUGACUUCCAUUUGUGCACCUGAUGACGGCGUAGUUUCGUAACGAAUGUGGACUGAGCCGAUUGUGACCGAUGACGUCAUCGUGGCGUUUCUGGGUGUGCAGGUGUUGUGGAUCAGCUGGGAGUUCAGAUGGUCAUGUCUGGUUCUGAAGAGCAGCAGGAGAAACAGGGACGACCGGGCAGCGGACUGGGUCAGUCCCUGCAGAUGUCGUGGGUGCACCAAGUGGAUCCACCAGGCCUGCCUGCAGCGCUGGCUGGAUGAGAAGCAGAAGGGCAACGGUGGCGGCCCGGUCAGCUGUCCUCAGUGUGGAACCGAGUAUCUGAUCAUCUUCCCAAAAAUGGGUCCAGUGGUGUUCUUCUUGCAGCAGGUGGACCGGGCUUUGUCCUGGGCCAGUCCAUUCGCUGCAGUGGGUGUGGUGGUGGGGACGGUGUACUGGUCAGCGGUGACCUACGGGGCCGUGACCGUCAUGCAGGUGGUGGGCCACAAGAAGGGUCUGCAUGUGAUGGAACGUGCCGACCCACUGUUCCUGCUGAUGGCGCUGCCCACCAUCCCAGUGAUGUUGGUCCUGGGGAAGAUGAUCCGCUGGGAGGAUUACAUCAUCAGACUUUGGCAGAGACACACACUGAGGCGCAAGAAGGGUUCCCACGGUUACCCACCACGGUUGCCACUAGAGGGCCCAUCAGCAGGGGACCACUUGUCUGUGUCCAGGACUCUCUGCGGCGCCCUCAUCUUCCCGUCAGUGGCCAGUCUGGUGGGUCGUCUGCUCUUCCAGCAGGUGACCUCUGACCUGCAGAGAACCAUCCUGGGUGGCGUCACGUUCGUGCUACUGAAAGGGGCAAUGAAGAUCUACUUCAAACAGCAGCAGUGCAUCACUCAGGCCGAUCGACAGAUCCUCAACUACCCCGAGACAGUGGUCCACGCUGAGAGAGGGGAUGACAUGGAGGACAGCGGGACCGAGUGAAACAGUUCAUCAUCUCAGACACGCAGAGAGGUUUAUUUUUCUACGUUCAAUCCGAGGAACACUUGUAGGCGUUUCAAGUUCUUGGAUGCACUUUGAUGAUCUUCUUGUGAAGCUGCUGGUUUGUGAAGCUGCUGCUCUUUGCAAUAAAGUCGUCUGCGGAAUC